GGUUACAGAUACAUUAUGCAGAUUGUGUAAUUGUUUUUUACCUGGUAAAAAGAAGGAACGGACUGAAAUAUUUAUAUUUUAUUUCUAAACUAGAAUUUGGAUUGUUAAACAUGGGGAAUUGCUUGUUGUGGUGGUACAAAAUGUUGCCAACGAAUGACAUAAGAAUGCGAUUCUGGUGGGCCAUGUUCGUCGUCUUAUUUACCCUAAGGAGUUACUGCGUUGGAGAUAUUAUUUUUACUGUAUCUGAGGAAUUACCAAAUGGUUCACUGGUUGGAAACAUAAAUAACGAUUUAGGAUUUGGAGGCGGACAACUUACCAAUCGAGAACUCAGUGUGGUCUUUGGUGACAGUAAGCAAUAUUUAUUUAUAAAUCCAGAGAGUGGCAAUAUGUUUGUUAAUGAAAGAAUUGAUAGAGAAAUGAUAUGUAGUACCAGGACGACGUGCCGCGUUAAUUUUAGGGUCAUAAUGAAGCGUCCUUUUCAGUUAUUCAGUGUGAAAAUGGAAAUAAUAGAUGUGAAUGACAAUGCGCCUGUAUUUCCAGUUAAAGAUUUGCAUUUGACCAUUAUGGAAUCGAUUCCUGUGGGAACAGUGUUCCCAAUUCGAAGCGCUAGUGACCCUGAUGUGGGUUCCAAUGGAGUAAGUAUAUACAGGCUUAGCCCAAACGGUCAUUUUUCUUUGGAUAUUUAUAAUUCAACUGAUGGUGGUUUUAUGGUACACCUUUCCUUGGAUAAAAGUCUUGACCGAGAACAGAAAUCAUUUCACCGUCUGUUUCUGACAGCAAUUGAUGGAGGUGAGCCGGCACGGUCUGGUACGCUAGAGAUCGCCAUUAAAGUCACAGAUGCCAAUGACAAUUCUCCAGUAUUUGAUAAACCGAUUUACAAAGUCGGUUUAGUGGAGGACGCGCCUACAGGGAUGCUAGUAAUUCAAGUGAAAGCUACAGAUAUGGAUGAAGGGGCAAACGGGGAAAUUCUUUAUUCGUUUAGUAGCCACACCUCUGAUAAACUGCAAGAAAUGUUUGAUAUAAAUUCUUCCAAUGGUGAGAUUCGCCUAAAAACCUUAAAAGGCAUUGAAGAGGCCGCAUCUUAUGAACUGCACGUACAAGCUACAGACAAAGGUAGCCCGACCAUGACUGGAUACAGCAAAGUUGUGCUAGACAUUAUAGAUGUUAAUAAUCACCCUCCUGAAAUUGCGGUAACGUCGGUUUCAAACAACAUCAUGGAGGAUGCGGUUUCUGGAACUGUAGUUGCAUUGAUCAGUAUAAUGGACAGAGAUUCAGGACUGAAUGCUUUAGUCAACUGCGAGGUCACUGAGAGCAUACCUUUUAAAUUGAGGUCUGUUAUUGAAUAUUAUACUUUGGUAACGGAUGGCCCUUUAGAUCGAGAAAUAGCGUCUUCUUACAAUAUUACAGUCACUGCCACCGAUUCGGGUUCACCCCCGCUAUCAACCAAAGCAAGCAUUAUUGUCCAAAUUGCUGAUGUAAAUGAUAAUCCACCACGUUUUUCGCAAGAGUUAUACAAAGUGUACAUAAAUGAAAACAACUCAGUAGGGGAUUUCCUAUGUCAGGUUGUGGCUUUGGACCCAGAUCUUGACCUGAAUGGUAAAGUUACUUAUUCUGUUUUAGAUAAAGACCUUAACAACUUGCCUGUUAUAAAUUAUGUGUCAGUAAGCAACGAAAAUGGAAAUUUAUACGCUAGGACCAUUCUUGAUUAUGAAAAACAAAGGGAUUUUGAGAUAUUGAUUAAAGCUAGGGAUCAAGGCAACCCCCCUCUAAGCAGCACUGCCACAGUGCAGGUGUCCAUUGUAGACCAGAAUGACAAUCCUCCCAUGUUCUUGUAUCCCCCCACAACAGAGGGGUAUGUAGCAGUAGAAAUGGUUCCUCGUUCUGCAGAAAUGGGAUUCCUGGUGACUAAGGUCAUAACUGUGGAUGCAGACUCUGGCCAAAAUGCCUGGCUGUCCUACCAGUUAUUACACGCUAGUGAUACCAGCCUUGUUGCUAUUGACAGACAAACUGGAGAAAUUAAAACUUCACGCCAGGUUAAGGCCACGGACCCCAACAAGCAUAAGCUCGUUAUUGAAGUAAGGGACAACGGGAUACCCAGACAAUCUGCUACUGUGACUAUUGGGCUGUGGUUAUAUGAUACUUUCCCCCAGGUCUUACCUGAUUUUGGUGAUGCUGUUAACAAUGACAGUGACAUUUCCAGUUUGAAUAUUUACCUAAUAAUAACGGUGGUCGCCAUCUCUUUUCUGUUCAUUGGAGUUUUAAUUGUCCUCCUGUCUGUGUUUUGCUACAAACAUGAGAAUACAGAGACGUGUCCUUGCUUCACGAUUUGCGGUGAAUUUGAGCCGGAUAGUUAUAAAAUAAAAGUUCCCGUUCCAGAAAAUUCUCCAUUACCAACUGACCUUCUGGAUUUUGUAACACCUGAAACACCUUCUCACAGCUAUCAGUGUAAAGCCUCCGUAGGGAUUAUUUCGCAAAAUAACAUAGUGCCUGCAGAAAAUUAUAAAACUGGAGACUGUGGGCUCGGAGUCACUUCAGAGGGGCGCUACAUUCAGAUCGCAAAUAUAAGGCAUACAACAAAAGGAGAUAAUGUGGUAUGUAUUAAUGUUUGUACUAACCUUACGUAUAAAAACUUGUAA